UGGUUUGGGCAAAAAAAACGACGCGGACAGACCACUGAACAAGCAAACUUGUUUACCUGUCCUGUGCAAAGAGACGAUGCAGCUAUAUCGCCUGUCCGUUAUAUGUGAACAAGAGAGAACUGCACGUUAAGAUAAGUCGGAAAUAUUGUGCCUAAUCUGCAGAACAAAUAAUGCGGAUUCCUACAAGAAAGGAUUACUGAACUGCUUACUGAACUGCUACAAUGCUUUCAAGACUGGCUUCUGGAGGCCAAAGGACACAGGCGGAUUCUGAUCUUGCUGCACCAUGUGCCUUAUGGCCUGUGGAUCUAAAGCUAACACAUGUGGACUGCAACCCAGAAGAUACACUUGUGCAUUUCCAAGGCCAAUAUUUGACUAUCUGUGAGCUGGAUUACAACAUAUUGCAAGUGGAAAUACAAAAUGCACCAAAAACAAAAACAUUGGUGGAAAUCAGUGAAUUUUGUUUGGUAGAAGAUGUCCUCUCUGGCCGUUGGUACAGAGGAAGAGUUCAAAACAAACACAGCAAUCUGUAUGACGUGUUCCUCUUGGACCAUGGCAAUAUUUUGACAGUUAAUGCCAACCAUAUGGCUUCUGCCUCUGAGGACUUGUUUAUGCUUCCCCCUAAAAUUGUCUGCGGCUUUUUUGCAAAUGUGCUCCCACUACAAAAGCACUGGCAUUCUCUGGUAGUGAACUAUUUCUCUUCUUUGAUUGGAAGUGAAAUCAAAGGGUACAUCCAAGGCCUUCUGCCACACAAAGUCCUGAUUUUGGAAGCACCUGCUGUUAACAAAGAUCUCAUGAAACUGGGCCUGGGGAAGCAUGCGGAUCGGGACACAUUCCUUCUGCUUGUGGAAAUGUUGACGGAAGUACCACUUAAACAAAGCAGUGAAUCUGUUCCAGAUUUGUUAAUUGAAAAGCAAAUUGGACAGGAGUUUUCUUUCAAACAUUCAAGUUCGCAUGGCUUUGAGAAUAUACUGUCAUUUUGCAGCCCAAAACUUUCUGUUGGAAAAAAUGAAAGGGCAAGAGUAACAGCUGCAGUAAACCCCCGUGCAUUUUACUGUCAGUUAAGAAGUAUGGAGAAGGAUCUAAAAGAGAUGUCUGGCAAAUUGUCACUUGCUUGUGAGUCGAAGAGCAAAGCAUUUUCAGAUAAGAACAUUGGAAAUCUGGGGCUGCUUUGUUCAGUGAAAGGGAAAGACGAGAAGUGGCACAGAGGUUUUGUGCAGUACCUCCCUGUGAACUCCCAAGUCAGAGUCUUGUUUGUGGACUACGGAUACUGUGAAUCUGUAAGAGUUGAAAAUAUCCUUCAGCUUCCCUCUGAAUUUCUCUCUGUACCAAUCGCAGCUUUUCCAUGUGUCUUGUCUUGUUUAAGUGAACAAGAUGAGGUAGUCCUGAAAAAGCAAUUGAAUUACUUAAAGACAGGACUGCUGGGUGACGAAUUGGAGAUCCAGAUAGAUUCUUUUAAUGUUGAACAGAAUCUAUAUUCUGUUACAUUGCAUGCUGUCACUGUUGAUGUGAAGAAAACAAAGAGUCCAGAGUGUGAGACAACAAAAAAUGAUUCUGCUAAGGAUGUUAAAAAAAAUUCUUCUCAAAAUCGCCCUCUUCUGCAAUAUACAAGUGAAACAGAGGAGCACAUUUCCAGCAAUGCAAAGUAUCAGAAGGAAAUAAAGGAGGACUGCAUCUUUGAAGGUUUUGUGGAGCAUGUUCUGAAUCCAACAAAUUUCUGGUUGAGAACAGAGGAGCGCAAUCGUGACUUUGAGGACAUGAUGCAAGACAUGAGUGAAUACUUCAGGGGAUUAAAACUGGAUGAGGGAAUUCUAGAAAAUCCUGUACCUGGUGCACUCUGCUGUGCGAUGUAUGAAAAGGAUAUGCAUUACUAUAGAGCGUUGGUGAUCGAAAUGAUUGAAAAUGGAGCAGAAGUGUAUUUCAUAGAUUUUGGGAACACUGAAAAAGUGCCGUACAUGCUGAUCAAAACUUUGCCCCCAAGGUUUGAACUUGAACCUGCGUUUGCUCUGAAAUGUUCCCUUAGUCAUGUGGUUCCUGUGGAAGAUGUGUGGACUGUCUCUGCAACAAAUUACUUCAGGGAAAUUGUGUCAAAUAAAGCACUCCUUGUGCAUGUGGUCCACAAGAGGAAACACGAGUAUGUGGUUGAUUUAUAUGAGAGGGGUAAUCAAAAGGUAAGCAUUGCUCUGCUCCUGACAAAAGCCAAAAUGGCUGAGUACUGGAAAUGUUUAUUCCCAGAACCUGUUCAGUUUGACAGACCCAAGGCUGGGAAAUUAGAACAGAGAGCCUGCAAGGAUUCUGGACCAGGGAAUGGGUCUCAAUCAAAUUCAAGUGGAAUCUCAGGAAUCUAUCAGAAUGUGAAAAGCAGUGAAUUGCCUGCUCAACAUACAGUGAAACCUGUAUCAGCAACAACACAGCUACCAAAACAAAACAUCCAUGCCAAAAUUCCUUCAUUCAAAGUAUUGACGUUCAAACCUGGAGCAGAGCUAGCUGUCAGAUGCUCUCAGGUCAAUUCUCCUUCAGAUAUUUGGUGCCAACUUCAGAGCAAGUUGAGCGAGCUUGACGAAUUGAUGGAAAAGAUACAGGGGUAUUAUCAGACACAUGCAGAUCCCUGGCAGCAAAAUGAAGCGUGCUGUAUUGUUAAGUGCCCAUCCAAUAGCAAAUGGUACAGGGGUUGUAUCCUCUGUGCUCAAGAUGGUGAAUUUGAUGUGAUCCUUGUAGACACUGGGGUGAUUGUGAAAGAGAAGACUCGCAACCUUCGUGCUAUAAAGGCAGAGUACCUUGAACUUGCGGGGCAAGCAUUUAGAUGCAGCAUCUACAACAUUGAACCUGGAGAUUCUAGUCUUGGUGUCUGGCAUAUAAAUGCAAGCAAUAUUCUGAAGAAAUUCACAGAAGACAAUUCGCAGAAUCUGAAAUGCACCAUAUAUACACAGCUUGUUGUCAAGAGUAAAGGGUUGUCCAAUGCUGUUGACCUCCACACGCCUUUUACGAGUGCAACAAAGCUCCUUAUUCAUGCCGGUCUUGCAAGAGAAGUUCAGUCACCAAAGCAGCUUAUACCAUCAGUAUAUCCCUAUUCCUACACCUAUUCUUUGUUCAACGUGAACAUUGGUAGCAAAGAGCAGGUGCAUGUCACUCAUGUGUGCAGUCCGUGGGAGAUUUAUUGCCAGUUAGACAAAAUUGGGACAUUUCUGGAUGAUCUGAUGGAGCAAGCCCAAAAAACAUCUGGUGAAAUGCAGUCGUUACCACCGGCAGCCCACGGAAGGCUUUGUUUGGCAAAAUAUUUUAUGGAUGGUCAGUGGUAUCGAGGUCUAGCCUAUCCUGUUCAGUCAAGCUUGCAUCUCAAUGUUUUCUUCGUUGAUUAUGGAAACAUGCAAGUCGUGGAAAAAUGCAAUGUUCUCCCAAUUCCCAGACAUGCCACUGACUUACUGUUCGUACCAAUGCUAGCGCUGAGAUGCAGUCUCUCAGACGUACCAAAAGGGGAAUUGCUUGCAGAUGUGAAUUGCUGGCUGGAAAAGGCCGUUUUAAAUAAAUUGGUGCAAGCUGCCUUUGUUGGAAAAGAUGAAGAAGGCACCAUCCUCUGUGACCUGUUUGAUGGCAGUCUUCAUGUAAAUCAGAAAGUCAAAGAAAUCAUUGCAAAACAUGGACAUACAGAAGAGACUAGUGUCAAUGGGCAAGAUGUGAAAAAUGGUGAGAAAAUAGGUAAAGGUGCAGAGGCACUGAAAAUUGUUGUCAAAACUAGAGAGGGGAGUGCUGUGAAGGCAAAGAAAAUGGCAGAAAAAAAUAAAAGCUGCCUUAGGACUCGUCAUAUGUCAGGUAGGACGACUUCAAAAAAGUCCUCAAAACUUAAAGUCAAUUCCACAAAUUCCCAGAAAGAAAACGAAUCGCGUGUAUGUCAUUUCGAAACACGGAGAAAUGGGUACACACAUUUGAAAGCCAACGAAACCAUUGUAGUUCAGAAUCACAAAAUCAAAGUGUCAUGUGGACAUUUGAAACAACCAACACCUGGCCAUUUUUUGCCAAAUCUUUCCCAUCUCCCUGAGUCAAAAGUGAAACCUGGCUUUAGAGGCACUGGGUUUGUUUCCCAUGUGAAUACUGUCACCAGCUUCUAUAUUCAAAUGGAAGAUGAUGAACAAGCCAUUCUAAAAAUGGGUGAAGACCUCAAUGAUGCACAGCUAAAAGAAACCAUGGAAAACAUAACUGGAAAGCUUAAUGUUGGUGAUGUGAUUGCAUGUGAAUAUGAGGAGGAUGGAGCCCUGUACCGUGCAGUUGCAAUAAAUGUCAGCGAUGCCAAAAUUAAGGUGGAGUUUAUUGACUAUGGAAAUGAAGCCACAGUUGACAGUAAAAAUGCUCGCAGACUACCAGGAAUUUUUUUGACACAGCCAAGAUUAAGCAUACCUUGCUUACAAGAAAGGUCUCAAACUUUGGGGUGUGACACCUCUUUCGCACUUGCAGUAGCUGGCAAACCACUUCGAGUUGAAUUUGUCAGACAGUGCGGACCACAGUGGGCAGUGAGCAUUGACAUUUGUGAAGUGAGCCCAUCACUACGUGGUGUUAGUGAGUGUUCAAUAGGUGAAGAGGAUUGUAAUCCACUUGAAACUGAAAAAGAACCUGUGCCUGAACACAUGACCAAAGGCAAAAAGGAAGCACAUAAUUGUUGCUUGGAUACACUGGGAGUACAAAUCAAAGAAAUGGCAAGUAGAUCCACAGAGAAUGCUGAGGAAUGUGCCCAAGAGGAGAUGAGCCAGCAUUUUGUACAUCAUGCAACAAUGAAAACAUUGCCUGAUGUAACCUCACAAUGUUCCCCAACGGUGCAAGACGUGGACCCUGUGUUUACCCUGACAGAGCGGAAAAAAGGCAGCUUCCUACUGAAGUCAAGCAAAAAUGUUGCUCUCAAAAAGCAGCAUAUUAAAAACAUUUGCCAGCGUAAGCACAAAGCACUAAUUAGCAAACAGUUAUUAAGACCAUUCCACCACUCUGGUGAUAAAAUAAAGCAAAUGUCAAUAGUUAACCCAGAGUCGAUGGUUUCACAUGUGAAAGCUGUUCAUAGCCCUUCUGAGCACAUCUGUGAAGCCACAGAAGAACAAACAAAGUGUGUGCACAUUCCACAUCAAAAUAUUACAGCUGGCCAGACUGAAAACGGUACACUUCUGUCUUUUUUAGAGAAUGGAGAUCUCUAUGUCCAACUUCACAGAAAUUCGAAACUACUUGCAUUGCUUGACACACUCGUUGCAGAACAGUCAUUAAACGCUAGCACUAUAUCAAAGGUGGAUAUAAAAGAAGGACUUGAAUGCUUGGUGAAGUCUAACAGAAGUGACCAGUGGUACCGAGCCGCAGUGCAAAAAGCAUCAGAGGUAGAAUGUUCAGUCUUCCUAGUAGAUCAUGGCACCACAGAGGUUGUUUCUCUUGACUGCAUCAAAGAGCUCUGCACAGAGCUCCAGCAGAUUCCCAAACAGGCUGUUCUGUGCAAGUGGAAUGACCCAGGUUGCCCCAUUGAGAUGUUAAAGGAGACACUCAACCCUUUAGUUGAGCAGAAAAUUAAACUCAUGUUUGUAUCAUAUUCUGAAACUUCCCAAAUCUGGUUUGUGGAAAUCAUGAUAAAUGGGAUUUUCCUUCUCCAGCAACAUAAAAAAACUUGUCUUGAACACAGUGCAAUGGACAGUACAUCUGUGGAUGAGACUAAUUGUGCCCAGAGAUUGUCCUUAGCUCCUGUGGAAUUGGAUUUGGGACACACAGGUUUUGCUGCUGCAGUUACUGCGCCAUGUGAAUUCCAUGUUGUGCUUGAAGACAUGCUUCUUGUCAUGAGCAAAGUCUCCACAAUUCUCGAGACUCUUCCGGAGGACUUGGAUUCAGUGCCUGAAGCAGUUUUAGCUCCAGGGACAGGUUGUUUAGUGAAGUGUGAAACAAAAAAGAAAUGGUGUAGAGCUGAGAUUGUUCAUGUUGACAGCACAUCUGUGGUGAUAAACCUUGUAGAUUAUGGACAUUGCGCAUGCUUGCCCUGCACAUGCCGUGGUCAGCUAAAAAGACUUCCAGAGGAGUUGGCCAAGUUGCCAAAAGUUACUCACCCUUGUGUUCUGAGAGGAGUCAAGCCUGCCGGGGUGGAUGUCUGGACUGACGAAGCAGUUGUGUUCUUUCAGGAGCGCGUCUGCCAAAAGAGCCUUCUUAUCUACUUCAGACAGUAUGUUUCUGAGGCACAGUGGGAAGUGGACAUUGUGUCUAGUGGUGUAAAUGUUGCCAUGGAGUUAGUUGCUGCUGGGUACGCCACUUACAUUGACAGCAUGCUUGGACUCAGACUGCAACCUGGGCUGAGCCCAAUUGGAGUUUCACGAUUGAAAUUCAACCCCAGGGUUGUCAGGAGCACCCUAAAAUUGAAACCUGCGGAGAAAAAAGAUGUAUCGGUCUUGACAGAAUUGGAAUUUGACAGAAUCAUGCACAGACAAGAGUAUGGUGACCAGCAGAAUGGACACACCCCUGAUGAUUCCAAGACCCAGAUGUCUGAUGAAGGAACCAUUCAAGAUCCAGCGAGACAAAGAGGGGAAGAAGCCUCUGCCAAUGGCAAGUUCAGUCCUGAAAGAACCGUGAGCAAGGAACUGACUGAACAAAUGACAGGAAAAGGAAAGUGUAUUCAGAUGUGAGUUGCGUACAUUAAGGAGUCAGGUUAAUUUUUCUCUCUGGAGCACAUUUAUGCAGAAAAUUGGUUUGGUUAAUUGAGGUGGCUAUCCAGGUGUGGUUGAAUACACAACACACAUCAUUUAACUGAAACAGGUUUUUAAAUGGUAAAAUUUCAAUUCUGUAUAAAUAGUUGAAUGCUCUAAAAAUGGUACAUUGUAGGUCUUGGAGGGUGGAUUCUGGUGUUCAUUGGGACAGCAGGAAAUGUGAGAGGAAUCCGGAUAUGUCAGGGCAUUACUUUUGACAUAUAAAGGAUGUAAUUGACUGUGUCAUGUGUAUAACAGUUACAUUGGUUAUAUUGUUUUCCUUUUGAAGAAAAAUGCCUUUUCCUUUUGACCUAAAGGCACCUCUGCAGCUUUUGUUUUUAUGAAAAAGAGCUUUUAUUUUUACACUUGGUUUAUUUGUACUGUUUAAUAUACCUGCUCGCGGCCCUAUACUUUUAGAACAUUUCAGAUAUGUAGCAUGUGUUAAAGUCAUGAAUAACAUCUUAUUCAAAACCCAAAAUGUAAUUCUCAUUUGUGUGAAAUGUGUCUUCUGAUGGAUUUACAAGUACAUGAAAAAUGCUGUUCAAAACAAAUUUUCACCAUACACCAGACAAGUAAUGUUUUUUUAAUUUAACAGUAAAAUUGUUUUACAAAGCAUACUAAAUAGUGCUUACAUAUAACAUACUGUGCCUUUUAUUUAGUUUUUUAUUUUCUAUAUGAAGGAGCUUUAUGGUAUUUUUGGGGGUAUUUUUUAAUGAACAUGGAAAAAUGUGUGCGCUUAUCAAUACUGAAUGAUAAUGACUUGUUUUGUCAAUGAUGUUUUGUUGGUUUUUUGUGUUUUGUGAUAGUUUAUGCAAGAACAUACCAAUGUAGAAUUUCAUGUUACACGUAUUGCUUUAAAGAUAAUUUACAUUUGAACUGAAGUGUUGUUGGACACACUUGCAUACUAAUUAAUGGCAUUUAGAUGGUGGAAAAACUUUUGAUUUAGUGAGAUGUUUAAAAUGUUUUUGUUUGGAGAUGAGAAGCAAUUUAAUGACUGAUUUUCUUUUUUUCUUAAAUGGUUUGUAAUGUGCACUACUUGCCAGCAGAUAUUUUGCUCAAGACUGUUCAGUGAUUCUUCAGAGCCAAAGGGAGUAAAGAACCAGAACUGGGUGUUCAUAUACUA